AUGCCGCCCCCAGCGGACGGCGAAGAGCGUCUUCUAGUGUUUGUCGACGAGCUCCGCGGCCAGCUCGCCGUCCUUCUUGGGGGCCGGGCGGCAGAAGACGUCUGUUUUGGUGGGAGAAUCUCUACAGGAGCAGUAGACGACAUUCGCCGUGCUACAGACGUGGCAUAUAAGGCAGUAGCAGAAUAUGGGCUGAGUGGGACCAUAGGUCCAAUGUCAGUGGGUACCCUGGCGGGAGGAGGGUUGGACGGAGGGGGAGGGUUUUCCUGGGGGGGGAAGGACCAGGGGAGGCUGUCGGAUCAGGUGCAGGAUGAGGUGCAACAACUGUUACAGGCGGCUCUAGAGGUGGCCCGGGCGGUGCUGGUGUGCAACAGAGGGCUUCUGGAAGACCUGGGAAGGACGCUGCAAGGGGAGGUUGUUGGAUUGGAUGAGGUGCAGGAUGAGGUGCAACAGCUGCUGCAGGAAGCUUUAGAGGUGGCGCGGGCUGUGCUGGUGUGCAACAGAGGGCUGCUGGAAGACCUGGGAAGGACGCUGCAAGAUAAUGAGACGGUGGAGGGAGCAGCUCUGAGCGCUUGGCUGGCGCAAGUAGAGGUGCCGCCACUGCUUAGAACUUUUGUGUACGGGCGGACGGUUGACCUGCCCCUGCUCCCAGCUGAGAGCAGUGAAGAGGAUGCAUGA